AUGGAAGACGCUACACGGGACGAACUCUGCGCGUUGAUGGACAAACUGCUGAUCAACUCGCUCGACCUCAUCGAACAGGACGUGCAGUUGAGCCAGAAUAUUGAAAACUUAACGACCGAGGGCAGAAUAGAUUUGGCACACACCCGUUUUACCAAGGGACCACAUGCCGCCAGCGCUGUACAACUGCCGACCGAAGAUUACAAACAAUUCCGAGCGCUAAAAACAGUGUCGGUUACAUCGGACGAGUUCCUGGCCAUUCCUCAAAUGACACUCGAAAGCCAUCCGGUAGAGGCGGACGAAGACCGUAUCGAUCCCGCAGCCUGGUUCGGCAUUCUUCGCCCGGCUUCACUGAACAGUGCGAGGGAAAAAUUUACGCGCUCGCUUGAUUCCAUCGUAGAACGGGCUAAUGUUCGGGUCACACUUACCCACUACCUAAAUUUGUUUGCGAUGUUGAAUAAACGAAAAUCGGAGCUCUAG